AUGGUCUUCGCGUCCAGCUCUCUCCUUCUGCGCAUCGCCCUCCUAGCUGGUUCACUCCCGUUACUCGCAAUGGGGGAGUCUGCGCAUCUCUCGCACAUCGAAUAUUCUACGGUGCCGGGCUAUUUCCUGCAGGAUGACCCAGCAACCGAUCCUGGCGCCUUUGACUAUGCAAAGUCGGGCUUCGGACUGAUCGAUCAAGUCUACGAUACGGACAAGGCCUUUGAUCCAAACCGUGAGAAGCCCCAGUGGGCCAGAUUUGAACACAAGGUCCGCUCCCUGAAUGAACAGGCCGCUUCGCAUACUCGGUUCGGAGUUCUCUUUCUAGGGAGACACGGCCAGGGUUUCCAUAAUGUGGCCGAAGCCUUUUAUGGGACCGCUUCUUGGGAUUCCUACUGGAGUAAACUGGACGGCAACGGAACCAUAUCAUGGGCUGAUGCCCAUCUUACCGACGAAGGGAUAAGCCAAGCGAAAGUGGCUCGAGAUACCUGGGCUGCUCAGAUGAAGCAUUCCGUCCCCCUUCCGGAGGCGUAUUAUACCAGCCCACUCGAUCGAUGCCUUGCUACGGCGAAGAUCACGUUCGGUGACCUUCAGCUUCCUCACUCCAAGCCAUUUGUCCCAACUGUAAAGGAGCUCCUCCGUGAAACAAUCGGAGUCCAUACAUGCGAUAGACGCAGCUCAAAGGAAUACAUCCAAAGCACGUAUCCAACCUACAAGUUCGAGCAAGGCUUUUCACCCACCGACCCUCUGUGGGAUCCCGAAAUUCGAGAGUCCGACUCAGCUCGAGAUAUUCGACUAAAGAAGCUGCUCGAUGAUGUUUUCAUCCACGACAGCAGCACGUUCAUGUCCUUCACGGCCCACGGAGGGGCUAUCAGGUCUAUUCUUAAUGCUAUCGGCCAUCGAGACUUUGCACUGCAGACAGGGUCUGUCCUGCCCGUCUUCGUCCGAGCAGAGACGAAGCCUGGCGCUGCUCCAAAAUCCGAAGAGGAACUGGCCUUCAUGACAUCGGCUAUCGAUUCUACUGACGCGGAGGGCAGUGAAGCAGAUGCAUUGAUAUCUACAGAAAAGAUGGAGAGGUCUGCUGAGAUUGGCUGCGAGGCAGCUUCACGACGACGUCUUCUGCUAGGAUGUCUUGGGCAAGCAGCAAACGACGGAGAUCUCGAAGGAAUCAAGGAGUUGAUAGAACACAAUCUCACCGAACUCCAAGCUAUCCCAAAGUGGUUUGACACCGCACUCGCCACAGCAGUAUACAGAGACUAUGAUGAAAUUCUCAGCACCCUCCUUGGAGCAAUUCGGUCCUCUCAGCAAGCUGGCUCAGACACCUUGGACGAGGCCACGGUUGAAACAUUGGGAGGAAUGUUCACUUAUGCCGCAUAUUGCGGUAAUAAAACAGCGAUCAGGGCGUUUCUUGAUUUCCCCCGCAGCAACAUUGAUUUCCAAGACGAGAAGAAGCACACAGCGCUAUGGAAUGCUGUUCGUUCAUCCCAAGGCUGCCCGAGACGCCUUGCAAUCGUGGAAUUCCUCCUGGACCGAAACGCAAACACAGAGCUGGCAGAUGAAAAGGGCCGUACUCCUCUUUGGGCUGCUGCCGGUUCAGACUCAAUUGACGCCGUGGAGCUUCUGCUAGAAGCCGGGGCGAAUGUCCAUGCCGCUGAUCACAUUGGCCACACACCGUUGGUACCAGCCGCGAUGAGAUACAAUCUUGAAAUCGUGCAGGCUCUUCGUCGAACGGGCAAAGGUCUUGUUAUUGUGUGGAGUGAAAUGUAA